AUGACCGUUGGGGCCUUUUCCGAGUGGCGCAAGCUUCCUGUCAGUCUCAGCGAACUCUGCAUUAACACCACGCUGCGCUGUGGGCAGUCUUUCAGAUGGCAUAAUGUCCCCGACACCGAGGAAUGGCGAUGUGUUCUACACGGCCGUCUUCUCUCCUUAAAGCAAGACCCCAGCCACCUUUACUAUCGAACAUACAUCACCUCCAAACCAACAACGCCAGCACCUUCAUCCCCUUCGAACUCUACCUCGGACCCCUCCGACACCACCCUCGCCCUCAUUAAACACUACCUAAACCUCACCUCCAACCUAACCGACCUCUAUGCCCUCUGGUCCUCACAGGACCCGAACUUCCGCAAAAAAGCUCCCCAAUUCACCGGUAUCCGCAUCCUGCGCCAAGACGCCUGGGAAGCCCUGAUCGGCUUCAUCUGCAGCAGCAACAACAACAUCUCGCGCAUCUCGCAGAUGGUCGAGAAGCUAUGCUUGCAUUACGGGCCCGCCGUCGCCUCGGUUGACGGUCGCGCAUACCACGACUUCCCUACCCCGGAGGCUUUGACGGGCGACGAUGUUGAAAGUCGGCUCCGGGCGCUGGGCUUCGGGUACCGCGCGAAAUACAUCUAUCAGACGGCGGUGAUGGUCGCGAAGGAGAAAGGGGACGGGUGGUUGGACUCGCUGAGGAAUCCUGAGUGUCCGGCGUUUGGGGGAGAGAAGGGGGAAGCUGGAGAGAUGUUUCCGGAGGGUAGAGAGGGAUAUCGCGAGGCGCAUGAGAAAUUGCUCUCGUUGCAGGGGGUGGGACCGAAGGUUGCGGACUGCGUGUGCUUGAUGGGCUUGGGAUGGGGUGAGGCGGUGCCGGUUGAUACUCAUGUCUGGCAAAUCGCCCAACGAGACUAUAAGUUCGGCAAGGGGUCCCAUAAAUCCCUCACGAAAGCCACAUACGAUGCUGUCGGUAACCAUUUCCGCAAGCUUUGGGGCAAGGAGGCCGGGUGGGCUCAUAGCGUUCUGUUUACGGCCGAUCUGAGGUCCUUUUCUGAUCGACUGGUUGCGCCCAAGGCGAAGGUCGAGGUAGACGUCAAGGAGGAAGAAGAUGACAAGGGCGACGUGAAGCUCGAAACGACAGUCACGACGUCAACGGUUGCGUUGAAGCGGUCUGCGACUGAGGAGGCCGAUGUCAAGGCUGAGCCGGUCGACGAUGAGUCCAAGGAGAAUCUCAAGGCCGUGGUUCAAGCGGCGCAGACGACCACCACAAGGAGGAUGUCAAAGCGGCUUCGGAGUCGCUGA